CCGACAAAGCCCCUCUUCUCGAUUCGUUCGCAGCGGCACACCAAAACCCCGUCUCGCUCUCGCUUCCGGCCGGCUCCUGUUCUCCCAAAUGGCUUCCAAUGGGAGCGCCGCUAGGACGGGGGAUGUAGAAAGCAGUUUGGAGAAAAUUAAGCGGCAGCUGAUGUCAGGGUCGGGGAAGUAUCUGCUGCAGGGCCCGCUUCUCAAGCGAUCGGAGACGGUGUGGCCUUUGAUCUCGCGUUCUUUUUUUAUUGAACAGCUGCGGAAAUGGAAUGAACGUUGGGUGAUCCUAGAUCCAACUACGGGAAAAAUGGAAUACAAGCUUCGGAGAAAUGAUACAAUUAUAAAGGGAGCAAUCAUAUUUGAUUCAAACAGCAUAAUCACUAUCUCCCCCAUAAACCUCCAUGGACUGCAAAAGUAUGAUGGUUGCUGUUUUUAUAUUGGAACUCCACAGAAAAAGGAAUAUUUCCUCUGUGCAGAAACUCCUGGUGCUGCAAAAGCUUGGGUAGCCACCUUACAUGCAACUCAGUUGGUACUGCAUGCUCAUAAGGAAGCAGUUACUAAUUUGAGUGGGAGUGGUUCUGUGAAAUUGGGAACAAUUGCCACUGUGGUUGCAACUGCUAACUCAACUGCAAUGGAAGCCUCAAAGGAAAUUGAAGCAGCAAUGAGAAUCUCCAUGAAAGCUGCUUUGGGCUUGUUGACUAAUAAGGCAAAUGAAGGUCAAUUAGAUGAUUUGACCAUUAUGAAGGAAACUAUUAGAGUUAAAGAUGAGGAACUACAGCAGCUGGCUAAGGAUAUUUGUGCCCGUGAUUCCACCAUAAAAGACAUAGCUGAUAAGCUGAUGGAGACAGCUGAGGCUGCUGAAGCUGCUGCUUCUGCAGCUCAUGCAAUAGAUGGGGAGAGAAGAAUUGCCUGCUUGGAAAUUGAGCACCUAACAUAUGAUGCACAGAAGCAACUAGAAACUGCCCAGCUUAAGUUGAGAGAAUAUGAAGAAAAGGUGAUGGCCUUAGCUACAGAACGAGAGCUGUUGCUAAAACAGAGGGAUUCUGCUUUUCAGGAGGCACAUCAGUGGCGUUCUGAGCUUGCAAAAGCUAGAGAACAUGCUGUGAUAUUAGAAGCAGCUGUUUUCAGAGCUGAAGAAAGGGCCAGAGCAUUAGAAGUAGAUGCUGGGGCUAGAGUAAAUGAUGCUGUAGAAAAAGCAUUGACUGCAGCAAAGGAAAAAGAAGAUCUUUUAGCACUUGUGAAUGUUUUGCAAACACAAGUUCAGAGACAACAGAGCAACACAAAGCAGGUAUGCGAAGAGAGAUCUGAGGCACGGUCAACCACUGACGUCACGACAAAGCAUGUUGACCUAUCAGAAGAUGAUGUAGAUAAAGCUUGCUUAAGUGAUCCAAGAGUACUUCUAGAUUCUGCUGACACUGAAGUCCAACUGGGAGUCGAUGGAGUAGAGAUCUGUUCUAUUGGUGAUGCUGAGUGGGGUAAUUUCCAGUCCACAGCCGCAAGAAUAGCUGAUGUGCGAGAGAUCUCCCUCGAAUCAGAAGAAAGCAGCUUGGAUAUUCCUGUUGUUGGCACCCCAAUUGAUGAUCAUCAACAUGGGGGGCGCUCACUCCAGCCAUGAUGCAUUUGCCUAGAAUUCGAGAUAAUUCCAGCUUCAAGAAUGUUAUCAAUGUCUACUAGUGAAUGUGGCAUUGUAAUGAGAUCGAGGGCAAUUUUUCAAAACUUGAUUUGGUUAUUGUAAUGAAGAUAUAUGCUGAUAUAGUUUGUAUAGAUGGAUCAUUUGGUGAACUUUCUAGUGGUGUUCAAAUUUUUGUUGAA